AUGGAACCGGAGCCGACCAUUAGCGCUCUCCUCAAGGCUGUCACAGCCCUCACAGCCACAGUUGGGUCCCUACAGGACCAAAUCCGUAACCAAGGCCAACAGCUCAUUGAGCUCAAGGCCAUAUGCAAGGAGACCGCCGACUUACUUGGCGACAAGGAUCAAGGAGGACCCCAAGUCCAAGCCAAGCCUGGCCCAUCGACUGGGCCUGUUACCCCUCCAACCCACACAGGAGGGGAAACCCACACUCCAGGCACGGUUAGGCCUGGGCUCAAGGCCCCUUUCAGGCCAUCAAGAGGAACAGGGUUCAAUUCAGAGGAAGAAGAGGAGCCCAGACGCCCCAAAAAGGAGCCUCGCAGCACGCCUAGGAGCCUCAGCUCCCUCACCCCAUUUGACACAGGGUCCAGCGUGAAGCGCCCCAAGAUGGACCUCCCAGAUCCUUACAAGGGAGAAGUCAGGGGCCAAAAAGCCACUCAAUGGCUGGAUAGGAUGAUGCUCUGGGUAGCCCUCCAUUGUGAUCAAUUUGACAAGGAGGAACAGAUGGUUGUGUGGAUCCUAUACCACAUGACUGACAAAGCUGCUGACUGGGCACUUCCCAUCAUUGGGACAAUCAUCAAGGGCAAGGGAAAUCCUCCCACCACCAUAUCAGCCUUGACGGCCAAAUUCAAGGAAGCCUUUGCGGAUCCCAAUGCCAAGAGGGCAGCCGCCAGAAAGAUCGCCGCGCUAACUCAGACCACAACCACGGCUGAGUAUGUCACCAAAUUCCGCAAUCUCAUGGCGGAACUCAAUUGGAACAAGGAGGCGUAUAUCGCCCAAUUCACGCGCAGCCUUCACUGGAAGGUCAAGGAACUGCUGUCUACCAAGGAUAGCAUCCCGGACAACCUUGAAGCCAUCUUUGCCGUGGCAAUCAAAAUUGACAAUAUCCGCCGCAAAAAUGAGGAAAACCGUCCCAAGAAAACCCUCUCCAAGUCCCCGGUCACCGCGACCACCUCCACUUCCACCACUUCCACCAGGGUCCGCCUAUCAGAGGACCCCAACUAUGUCACCCCGGAAGAACGAGAUUGCCGCCGUGCAUCUGGCCUUUGUGUCAAGUGCAGCCAAAAGGGGCAUGGAAUUAAACAAUGUCCCAAUGGCUGGAAAGCCACAAUCAAGGAGGUUGCCAAGCCCCUGGCCCCUAAAUUAGAUGUGCAUGUAUCGGAUUGCGAGUUUGUAUCAGUUGCUCUGGACUCUAAUAAAAAGCCCUUGUUAUUUAUCAAUCUCAAACUGCACAAUUUCCCGACGGAACCUCUCAAAACCCUAAUCGAUUCAGGAGCAACAUCAAACUUUAUCUCCCCCUCAAUUGUGGAAAAAUAUAAAAUCCCAAAAACCCAACUCGAAAAUCCACGAGUUGUGAGAAUGUUAGAUGGUACUAUAUCCCAGACUGGUCGCAUUUGGCACCAGGUUCAUCUCACGGUUUUGGCCAAUGGCCAUCCCCACACUAUCCCUUUCCUAGUCUGUCCCAUUGGAAACACCUCCGCCAUCCUUGGCAUGACAUGGCUCACCCAGGAGUCACCCCUCAUAGAUUGGAACCAAGGAACUAUCACUUUCCCUGACCAAGUCCAAAUAGCUUUGGAAGAGGAAGCAGACCCCAACCCAUUAGCCAACUUGCCCAAGGAAUACCAUGAAUUUGCCAGGGUAUUUGGCGAAGAGGAGUUUAAGGUCCUUCCCCCACACAGGGAAUAUGAUAUCUCAAUUGAUCUGAUUCCCAACGCCAAACUCUCCCCUGGACCCAUCUACGGCAUGACCAAUGCAGAAUCCAAGGCGCUCAAACAACACAUUGACGAGGAAUUGGCAACAGGCAAGAUUUGCCCUAGUACCUCCUCGGCAGGCGCUCCAGUCAUGUUUGUAAAAAAGGCAGAUGGUUCCCUGCGAUUGGUGGUCAAUUAUAGGAAGUUGAACGAGGUUACCCACAAAAACGUCUACCCGCUACCAAGGCAAGAUGACCUCAUGGCUAAGCUCAGACACGCCAAGAUCUUCACAAAACUAGAUCUACAAUGGGGAUACAAUAAUGUCCGGAUCAAGGAAGGAGAUGAGUGGAAGACGGCCUUCAGAACUAAGUACGGGCUAUUCGAAUACCUAGUAAUGCCCUUUGGGCUUACCAACGCCCCGGCCGCUUUCCAACAUUUCAUGAACGAUCUGUUCAGGGAUCUCAUCGACGUCACUGUGGUUAUCUAUUUGGACAAUAUCCUGAUCUUCUCAGAGGACCCCAAGGACCACCCAGCCCAUGUCAGGGAAGUCCUAUCCCAACUAAUGAAGAAUCAGCUAUUCUGUAAACUCUCCAAGUGCCACUUCCAUGUCACCACGGUAGAUUACUUGGGUAUUGUCAUCUCCCCGGCAGGUUUUUCCAUGGAUCAGAAGAAGAUCAAGGCGGUCACGUCAUGGCCAAUCCCCAAAACAGUCAAACAGGUUCAAGCAUUCCUGGGAUUUGUUAACUACCUCCGGCGCUUCAUCCCUAAUUUCAGCUCAGUAGCACGCCCUCUGCACAACCUUACCAAAAAGGAAACCCCCUGGACAUGGGGCAACCUAGAGGAAACAGCCUUUCAGGAGUUGAAGGUUCUUGUCACCAAGUCUCCGGUUCUUAUCCAUUCCAAUCCAGAACUCCCCUAUUACCUGGAGACAGACGCCUCAGGGGUAGCCAUGGGAGCCAUUCUUAGUCAGCAGGGCUCAGAUAACCGGUUGCACCCAAUCGCGUACAUGUCUAAAUCAUUCUCAGGGGCAGAAGGAAACUACGACACUCAUGACAAGGAACUCCUAGCCAUCAUCAAAGCCCUGGAGGAAUGGCGUAUUUUCCUGGAAGCUACAGACAAGCCAGUUCAGGUAUUUACAGAUCACCGCAACCUUGAGUACUGGAUGCAGGCAAGGACAUUCAAUCGACGGCAUGCUAGAUGGCGCGUAUUCCUGAGCGACUUCAAUUUUGAGAUACAUUAUUGCCCAGGAAAGCAAUCAGGGAAGCCAGACGCCUUGUCCAGACGAUUGGACUAUGUUGACACCCCCCAAGAACCAGAAGUCAUGCUACCAUCAGAGGUCUUUGCAAACACGUCAGAGGAAGAGCUGGAAAUUGUUACAGAAGUACGCUCUAAACUGAGGGAAGACCCCUCCCUAGAGCCCAUCAUCCAAUUUCUGACCAAAGAUGCCGAUAACGCCCCACCAUCAAUAAGAAAGGCUUACAGAGACUACGAUUGGGAAGAGGACCUCCUGUGGUAUUGGGGGAAAUUGGUGGUUCCAGACAAUGAACCCCUGAAAGAAAGACUCCUCAGGGAAUUCCACAACUCCCCUCUAGCAGGACACCCGGGUCAGCAAAGAACCCUCAAACUCUUGAGCCGGAAUUACUGGUGGCCGGGAAUGAAGUCUACAGCCAAAGAAUGGGUAGAAUGUUGUCCUGUCUGCCAAGCCAACCGACGCGCACAUGCCCCGGUCAUCUCCCUGAAACCCCUAGAAGUCCCACCAUUUCCCUUCCACACCAUCUCAUAUGACUUCAUUACGGGGUUCCCCAGAUCAAACGGACACGAUGCAAUCCUAGUGGUCAUUGAUUCUUUUUCUAAGUUUGGGCACUUCAUCCCAACCUCAAAGAAGGUCACAGCCAAGGGUCUGGCGGAUCUAUUUGUCAGUCACGUAUGGAAGCUGCACGGGUUACCAAUCAAGACCAUCUUGGAUAGAGGCACCACUUUCACAGGAAAAUUCCUUAGGGCUCUCUACCAAAGGUUGGGAAUCAAGCCAUUGUUUUCCUCAGCUUACCACCUGGAAUCAGACGGUCAAACAGAAAGGGUAAAUCAGUUCAUUGAAUUCUACCUUUGUUCCUACGUGGCCGCGGAUCAUUCAGACUGGGCCACAUGGUUACCUUUGGCGGAAUACGCGUAUAACAACGCCAAACACGCGUCUACAGGAAAGACACCCUUUGAAUUGAUCUACGGAAAAAAUCCGGUGAUGAAUCCCUCCAACGUACCAUCCAACGUACCAGAAGCGGACCAGCUAGCGGACACCCUGGCCAACGAAUGGAAGGAGGCCAAAUCCGCCCUCAGAAUGAGCAAGGAAAAAAUGAUCAGGGACAAAGGAACCACUCCCGAAUACUCAAUUGGCGAAAUGGUCUGGCUAGAUGGAAAAAAUGUGGAACUCAGGUCCAAUUCCAAUAAACUGGACCCAAGGAGACUAGGCCCUUUUGAAGUCUUAGAAAAAAUUUCCAGUCACGCUUACCGCCUAAAGCUGCCGGAAACUCUGAAGAUCCACAAUGUAUUCUACGUAGGACUAUUAUCCAAAGUCCACAAAUCCCCUAGCCAACCGUUUCCAGAACAACCUCCUCCAGAGACAAUUGAGGGAGAAGAAGAGUAUGAAGUGGAACGGAUCAUCGACUCCAAAAGGCAACAAGGGAAAUGGUUCUACCUGAUCAAAUGGAAGGGUUACGGUCCAGAAGACAAUUCCUGGGAACCAGAAGAACUCCUGGAGCACAGCCAGGAAGAAAUUCAACGUUUCAACAAGUCGCAACUGAAAAAGGCUCGUGACUCCGCCAAAAGCCUUUAA